AUGGACCACAACGGCAUCAUGGCAGAGGAUCCGGCCAUCGAUUCCCAUAAAGAGCCACAACAACUCGUCGAAAUGGCUCGACAUAACUCAGUCCUUUCGGUGGAACGUCCUCUGUCUCUCUUUGAGCGCGUGAUCACUACCAAUGCCCCCAUAAUAGAGUCCCUACUACUUCAAAUUCCGACCGACACAAUCAUCAAGCUAUACCACACCUCCCAUUACCUUCGAACGUUCCUUCGCUCCUAUCCGAUCGCAUGGAGAUCUCUCUCUUUUCGUUUACUUUACCCAUCCGGCAGCUUGAUGGGCAACCGGAUUAUCCUUCCGGGCAUGUCGGAUCACGAACCGCAACGACAGUCCGUCCCAUACUCCAUAGACCAGUUGUUGAUGCAUGUGGUGAUGCCAUUCAGCGGAUGCCUCAAGAGCCUGGAGCUGGAUAACACGGCCGUUCAAGGUCUGCAUUUGAUGUCGACGGUGUUGCAAGCGCGCAGGGAAACCCUAGAGCACCUUUCCGUUCGCGGUUGCAAGAAUGUCUCUCUCAAGUAUCACAUCAUCCCUUAUCUGACGGUUUUCGCACUGCAAUAUGACGUGGAUAUGGAGAAGAAAAUCGGCAGCUUUCCGGCGACACAAAAAUUGGCGUUGAAGAGUCUGUACGCUUACAGAUGUCGCCAUCAUCGCCGACGGCCUUACCUCACCGCUUCGUUGCUGCGCAAGGAUUCCGAUUCAGAGCCAACUCAUGAACUAGUCACACUUUGCCAUAAGCUUGGGAUCUGGACGGAUACUGCGUGGUGUACAACUCCUGCUGGCAGGUGUUAUCGCAGGCGUGGAUAUGUUUCCAUGCGUGUGCCGCAAGGUUCCCCUGAAGUCUGGGUGGUAUUUGAUCGACUCUGGAGAUGCAAGAACUGGAUCGGACCAGUUGACUCGUCUGUACAUCGCCCGCGUGUUUAUGAUGGGAAGCUUUGGGAGAAUUGUGACACGGGAUGCAACGGAGAGCCGAUUGGCACAGGCGAAUGGCCUGAGAUGGGUGAGGGUAAGAUGACUCCCGCCCAUCUUCGUCGGAGCCAUACCCAAUUCCUCGAGAAUAUCAAAUGCGACGGUUGUAUGGAGGACAUUUCAGAAAGAUGCGAACAAUGCAGUAUUCUGAUGCACUGCGUGGGAUGCCGCAGAACCCUGUGUGCCAGUUGCGCUUACGAGCGGCCCUACCUUCACCACGCAAACUCCGGGGCAUCUGCUGGAACCCAUGUCCACGGAGACAACGCACAGGCUCCUACCUCGUUUUGGUGGGCCCCGGGGGCUACACUUUCGCCUAGCUCCAUGCACGACCCCAUCGAAACUUCUUCCAACGACACCACCCCCUUGUUUCACGGGGGACCGCCCACAUCACAUCCUGCUAUCAAGUUCCAUUGGUGCUGCACAGAACCCAUCUUUUCUGGAGGCGGGGGCAUCAGCAUCGGCACUCCGAGUCGCGAUGUGGAUCAGGUGCGCGCCGUACCUUUACCUCGCAACCGAGGGUGGGAGGACCUCGAGUACACCGUCAGCGAGUGGAGCAAGACUUUCCCAAAGUACGCUUACGGUGACCCUACCAAACCGGAUUACUCCCUUGAAACCGGGCACCUUGCCAUGAUGAAGUGGUUGCUAGGGCCACCCAAUCGGCAAGUAUCACCUUGCCCCCGGAACCUAUGCCAGGAUUGCUACGACUCACCACAAUGGAAGGUGCAUUGCAAAAGCUGCUCCAAGCCUCUUUGCAUCGAGCAUGACCUCCGUGGUCUCCGCCUGCGCAUUUGUGGCUACCGAGACCUCGCAUUUGAGAAAAUGACCAUUCAGAACCGAUCGGCGGUCAACGCUUCAUCACCGGGUGCGUCGUUUAAUCAACUUUCUGGAUUUGACCUUCCCUUCCGCACCCAACGGCUAGUGGACUCCACCAACAGUAGUUUCAUUGAGGACCAGCAGGGAGAUCUCAUUGUUGAUGACAACCUAUCGGAUCCCCCUGCAGGCGACCCGUCCUUUUUUCCGCGCAAUCCCACUCGUUCUUUCUCUGCCCCACCGUCUAAUCAUUCGGGAUCGUCUUCCCCCUCUUCUUCUUGCUUUGAGUCCCCCUUCGAGGCCCCACGGUGGCAAGGCUGCCAGUCUUUCUUCUGUCCACAAUAUCGCGCCCACGGAGAUCAGCGACAGCGCUGCCCAAGCCAACUGCGAGAAUGCAAGGCCUGUGCGGUCUAUGUCUGCCAGGAUUGCGUGACAGCCAAUCCACCCUGCAAGUGCACUUACUGCGAAGAUAAUUAUCUGUGCCCAAACUGCAUGAAAGUCCGUGCUCGUGAUGGCACUUGCCGCCGUCGAGAGGAAGAAAAAGCUCGCAGAGAACGCAAGUGGAAAAAGGAUAUGCAGGUGCUGGAAGGCAUCCUGGAACUCAAAGUUGCGAAUGAAGUGGCCGAGUUUGCGGGUCAGUUCUUUGACUAUGUCGAGAAUGGCCCGGAUGAGGAAGUUCCUAUCACACCCAUCGACAUCCACGAAUCCGAUGAUCUUUUGCCAAACAACCCUCAAGGGCUGCGUGUGGAUCCCGAUGUCGAAGUUGGAGCAUCUCUAUUCGUUGCGGGAACCAACUACAUCACUCCACUCUAUGACUUUGAAUAG